AUGCCUCAUGAAAGGCAACAAGGGUACAAUCAGCAGAAUCAACAACUAGCUUAUCAACAACCUCAAUUGCAACAGAUAGUGCGACAAGAUGAUGGGUUGUUUGAAAUUAAAGGAAUGCUGCAACAACUCAUUGGGUCCAGCGGGAAAAUGGAAGAAAAGUUCCACCAGAUGCAAGAAAAGGUAGUACCACACGACUCAGCUACCAAAGGCAUUGAGAUUCAACUAGGGCAGAUAUCGAUGUCUCUGAAUAAUCAUCCCCAAGGGACGUUACCUGCGGACACACAUGGCAAUCCAAGAGAGCACGUUCCAAAGCAGCUUAUGGCGGUGAGUCAAAGAAAUGGUAGAGAUCUUGAUCUAGAGCAAGAAAUUGCUCGCGAAAGACGACCAACUGAGAUACUUGUGUCAGUGCCAAUUAAGGUAGAUGAGUCAAAUGAGCUAACAGAAGUAAGAGUGCAGCCAGCCCAAGAGUAUCUAAACAAAGAAAAAGAGGCUGCAAAGGAGACUGACAAAGGAAAAGAAAAGGAAAUUGAACAGCUCCCAGAACAGGUAGUGGAAAAGACGUCUAAUCAGGAAAAGACACAGAGCAGUGGACAUAAGCUGAUUCCAACACCAUUCCCUCAAAGUGCGGUAGUGACCCGACCUAUGGCUCAAAAAUUGUCUGAUCCCGGUAGUUUCACUAUCACAUGCACAAUUGGAAGUUAUGCUUUUGCUAUAGCAUUGUGUGACUUGGGAGCUAGUAUUAACUUGAUGCCCUUAGCAAUCUACACAAAGUUAAGCAUGUUUCAUGAAGAAAUAUCCAUAAUUUUGCGAAGGCCUUUCUUAGCCACUCGAAGAGCGUUGACUGAUUGUGAGACUGGAGAGUUGAAAAUGUGGUUGAAUAAUGAAGAAAUAAUAUUCAAUAUUCAACAGUCUAUGAGGAGGCCCAUCGAAUUUGCAAAUUGUUCGCUAGUGGAGGCAGUUGAUGUGAUACUACAAGAGGAGGAUGCGUCUCUUAAUGUCAGAGACCCGUUAGAAGUUUGCUUGAUGAAUUUGGAAGAUGUGGAUGGUGAAGAGUUGGCAGAGCGGGUCAUGGCUCUCAAAGGUCAUGGGUUCUAG